UGUUCCAAACGGAGGAAAAGGCCAUGAAACAUUUAGCAUCCCACGGCGUUUUCGACACAGGAUCUAGUUACGUGUGCCAUCUAUGUCGAAGUUUCUUUCCGACAUCUUUGAAACUCCAAGUCCAUGUCAUAGAACAUAAUUUUUUCGGUUCGGGCCAGUUCAGAUGUUACAUUUGCAGUACCAUUUUUACCACAGCUUCGGGUCUACUAUCCCAUAUGAUAAAACACGGCUCGAACGCUAAACCUUACGAGUGUCCGCAAUGUCAGAUGAAAUUUUUCUUUCAAACCGAACUGGAUAAUCAUCGCGACGACCAUUUGGCAUCCAUACAUCACAAGAAUUACCAAACUAUCUCAUUCUCACCGAAUUCCAACGAACCAAGCGAAUUGACAUCGAACAAACAACAGCAUUGCCAAUGUUACGAGUAUCCCUGGUCGCCAUCGGCUUCCGAAAAACAUUUACAACAUUGUCCGCUAAAGAUCACCGUCAAGAAAGAAUAUAGGUCUAGCGUUUCGCCAAAAAACGAGCUCAGUUUGAAAAAAGAAAACGGAGAUGCAAGCACUUCUACACCUUCGGAUGUUGAACGAUGAGAAACCAAAAUAAAAAAGUGAACACGUUGAUGGUUAAAAUAAUAUAUAAUCAUUUUGGACGCUUCCGUCCCAAAUGGUGCAUAACAAAUCGGGCUUUUUGAUGCCAAAUUUACGUAAAGUGUAAAUAUCGGACUUAUUAUUAUUAUUAUUAAUGAAGGCGUUGUAAUUUAGGUGAUAGUUGUUUUUGUUAAAUACAUGCCUAUAGAUAAUUCGUUAUCACUUCAGUGUAUUACUGCGCGUUUUUCAUACUAUUUUAUUUGUUUGUAUAGUUAAUAAUUCUGUUACCUUACUUAAUAUUUAGAAACGAAGCGAGGUAAACUAUGGACUGAAAAAAAAAGUAUUUUUUCUUUCCACAGUUUGUCCUGGGUCCAUGUAAAACAGCCUACAUAUGUAUAAUGAAUGGUACACAGUACUAAAGACUGUUCUUUUUGCUAUUGUUAGCAAUCAAUUAGAUUAGGUGUGAAUAUUGUGAUAUUACCCAUUAGUUAAAAUUAUUUGUAACUGUUGUAAGUUUCAGUUGUUCUAAAGCAUUUUUCUUGUUGCCUAGUUGCUCAUUUACGUAAGAAAAUAAUGCUGCAAUAAAUAGCGUAUAAAAUUUCUUUUUCGUCUGUAAAAGUAUAAACCAUAGGCAUUACAAUAGUAAGCGACCAUCCAAAUUAAAAGUAGUUGAAACAUUACCUAUAUUUUAUAAAUAAUGAACAAUUUACUAGAUUAUAAAUGAAUCGUUAAAUGCUACUGUUUUUGUUAUUUUUCACAAACAACAUUUAAUCAUUUGUGAGUUCUAUUUUAAAUAUUAAAAAAAAAAUGUAUAAUUCUCAAAUACUAAUCAAGUACAAUUCUAAUUUGUAAAUGUUGAAUAAAAUUUCACACAUCA